GAAGAAGGCCCGGCGCACGCGUGAAGAAGGGAAUGAUGGUGGAUAGGUUGGCAACGCAUCACGCUUGAUGAUAGCUAUCGAUUUCCAACAGUUCACUAGAGCUAAUAGGUCGAACAUCACUCAAAGGUACUUGCUGUUACUAGCACUGUAGCUAGUUCCCGUAGAACGACACCCUGGAACAUAAAAAAAUGCCGAACAUUAAGAUAUUUAGCGGUAGCUCCCAUCGGGAACUGUCUCACAAAAUCGCCGAUCGUCUUGGGAUGGAACUCGGGAAGGUUGUGACCAAGAAAUUCAGCAAUCAAGAAACAUGUGUUGAGAUCGGAGAGAGUGUGCGUGGAGAGGAUGUCUACAUCGUACAGAGCGGAUGUGGGGAGAUCAAUGAUAAUCUGAUGGAGCUGCUGAUUAUGAUCAAUGCGUGUAAGAUCGCCUCGGCCUCCCGGGUCACAGCAGUCAUCCCCUGCUUCCCCUACGCACGGCAGGACAAGAAGGACAAGGUGGGGAGUCGGGCGCCCAUCUCAGCCAAGCUGGUGGCUAACAUGCUGUCUGUGUCUGGGGCUGACCACAUCAUCACUAUGGACCUCCACGCCUCACAGAUCCAGGGUUUCUUCGACAUCCCAGUGGAUAACCUGUAUGCUGAGCCUGCUGUACUGAAGUGGAUCAAGGAGAACAUCGCAGAGUGGAAGACCUGCACCAUCGUCUCUCCAGACGCAGGGGGAGCCAAGAGAGUGACGUCCAUAGCAGACAGACUCAACGUGGACUUUGCUCUGAUUCACAAAGAGAGAAAGAGGGCCAACGAGGUGGAUCGCAUGGUGCUGGUCGGGGACGUCACGGACCGGGUAGCCAUCUUGGUGGAUGACAUGGCAGACACCUGUGGUACUAUCUGUCACGCGGCCGACAAGCUGAUCUCAGCUGGUGCUACCAAGGUGUAUGCCAUCCUGACCCACGGUAUCUUCUCUGGCCCGGCCAUCUCCCGCAUCAACAACGCCUGCUUCGAGGCCGUGGUCGUCACCAACACUAUCCCUCAGGAGGAGAAGAUGAAGACCUGUCCUAAGAUACAGGUGAUUGACAUCUCUAUGAUCCUGGCUGAGGCCAUCCGCAGGACCCACAACGGGGAAUCUGUCUCCUACCUCUUCAGCCACGUCCCCUUGUAACGCCACACACACACUGAGUCACCUGGGGCACCGUUCAGGAGGACACAACCCCACAGAACAUUCAGAUAGAAUAAACAUGGCCAUCUCUCAUGCAGAAUAGGGAAUUUGGGGAACAGAUAUGAUUGUCUUUUAGGUAGAAUAAGGAAUGUGGAGUCGGCUCUUCAUUCCAUUUCUAUGCCCAGUAUUCUGGAAUGUUUCUCAUCAUUGAAUAGAAUCCAGCCCUAGUGUUCUGUUACACCAAACAGAGGAAGAGAGGGAAUGUCCUAUACAAACACCAGGGUUGGGCUCCAUUCCAUUUCAAUACCAGUCAAUUCAAGAAGUACACUGACAUUCCAAUUCUCUUCAAUGCUUUUGAAUUAGGAAAAUGUGGAAUUGUAUUUGGGAUUAGGUUUACUUUCUGAAUUGACUGAGAUU